CGGGCCCGCGGCACAGCCGGGCAGCAUCGCGGGCACUGCCUGACAGUGGGCGGCCAGCCGCCGAGGGCCUCCGGCAGAGCGCAGCGAUGGUCAUCGCGGCGGCUUCCAUGCCGCCCGACGCGGACGGCCUGUGCCCCCAGGGGCCCCCGGGGCCCCCGCCCCCACUGCUCCCGAAGCCUGGGAAAGACAACCUGCGUCUGCAGAGGCUGCUGAGGAAGGCGGCCCGGAGGAACGUGGCGGGGGCCCGGCCCUCUGCCCCGCCGGGGGCUUUCCGCGCCUCCCUGUCCCCCGUGAGCGAGGCCAGCCACGACCAGGAGCCCGCAGCCCCGGGCCCGGCCGAGGCCCUUCGCGUUGUGGCCACCCUGUCCCACACCCCCGUCAUCCACCACGUGGCCUCGCCCCUGCAGAAGUCCUCGCUGUCCUUCAGCUUUGCCCAGCGCGGGAGCCUGGCCGCCCCAGGCUCCGGGCCCGCCCGGUCCCCGAGCGGCUUCGCCCGCGUCUCAGCCCCCGCAGCCGGGGCCACGCACGCCAGCCAGGCGCGCGUCUCGCUGGGGCUAUCCCCACAGGCUGGGACCCCCGAGCUCCCCGAGAGGGGCCCAGAUCGGGGGGGGCCUGGCGGCCAGGAUGGAGACGCAGCCCCCCGCGCCCGCGGAGCCCAGCCCUCGAUCCCCGUGGCCCACAUCCGCCCCCUUCCCGCCGAGGCCCAGGCCAGCAGGCCCUGGCCUGAGGCGCCCCCCGUGCCCCGGCCACCCCCUGGCUCCCAGGCCCCAGGGCCCAGAGAGGCCAGGCCCCGGGUCGUGGUGCCCAUAGCUCCCACCUAUCGCUCGCCGGGACCCUCGCCUCCCGGGCCGGCCCCCGAAGCUGAGCGCCUGGAGGAGCCCCCCACGGCCGGCCCUGCUGCGGAGGCUGAGCAGGUCUCCAGCCUCCGAGGGGCCUCAUCCCCUGCCUUGCCAGCGCACCCAGGUUCCGACCCUGUCCCCGAAGCGGCACCCCCGCCCCGGCUCAGUGGCUGGGCACGUCUCAAGAAGCAGCUGAUGGACGAGGUGAAAGAGCCGCCGUUCCCGGGGCCGGAGCCGGGCCCCGAGCAGGCAGAGCAGGAGGGGACGGCCCCCGCAACCCUCUCCCCGCCUGCGCCCCGGCCCCCCGCCGAAACGGCCCCCCGGCCCCCCGCCUCGCGGGCCUCUGGGCUGUGGGACGCGGUGCUGUACCGCAUGGCAGUGGCCGAGUCGCACCGGAGCCCGGCGGGGCCCGGGAACGGGACGUGCACCCUGGCCGGCCUCCGCCGCCUGCCCUACCUGUGCCGGCCCCGCUUUAACGCCCGGAAGCUGCAGGAGGCGACCGCGCGGCCCCCUCCCCCGACCCACUCGGUGGUCCUGGAGCGGGGCCCCCAGCCCAGGAACUUCAACCGCACGGCCGCCGGCUGGAGGCUCUGCUGAACCUCUGCAGGGGCAGCCCUGGGGCCGUCGGGCGGACGCAGUCCCAGGAGCUACAGCCUUGGAAGAGGGCAGCAGGACCAGAGGGCUGGGGGGUGCCAGCGGGCGCCGAAGGGGCCUGGCAGUGGCUGGGCCGUCGGGAGGGACAGGUCGGCGCCCGGGAACAUGAGGAUCGGGGGAAGGGGGGCAGGGCUGGGGGCAGAGCGCGGGGCUGACAGGGAGGAGAGCACCCAGUCCACUGUGAGGCAGGGGCCGGCCAGACUGGCCUCGCACCGGUGCCCGACCAGGUCUCCAGGGAGGCCUGGGGGCUGGGGUGAGGGACACAGAGACCCUGGGGAGGCCUCGGGCCACAGCCCGGGGGCAGGACUCUGGACGGGAAGCCGAGGCAGAAGAAGCGGGCAGGCUGCCCCACCCCCACCCCGGACGCAGAGGUGGCUGGACACGGGUCCUGGGACCCAGGCCACGAAUAAAAGUGUGUC